AUGGAGGCAAAUGCGAACUCUGAGCCCCCCCAGGAGCCCAAGUUCUCCUCUGUGCCCAGUUCUCUGGUGGUAAAUAACGUGGGUGAUGGGAGAGACUCUGUAGUGAGAGGUGGCAGUGAUCCCAGCACUUCUUCCGUCUAUCAGAAGACCGUGCACCAAAGGUUCAUCAGGAAAAGCCUGUGGUUCUCAGACGUGGAUGAGCAGACGUUUGAAAUGCCUGAAAGUGACUGCAGCACGAGUAAAAUCCUGAACAUUAACUUGAGAACAAUAGUGGACAGGACUCUGGGGACGGGCUGUGGAAUACAAGAGAGUUCCAGCACAGAAAGUCAAUGUGGGCAGAAGGACAGCGCGACAGAGAGCACCAGCGCCGAUGAGGACCGGGAGAGAGGUGGACAGGCUUUGAAUGUGACUUGCAGUGAUGUGGGGAAAGUUGCUGUCAAGGCAGCCAGUGAGGAGAACGAAGAGGAAGCUGAGAUGAAGGCAGUGUCCACAUCUCCAGGAGGACGCUUCCUUAAAUUUGACAUCGAGCUCGGCAGGGGUUCCUUUAAAACGGUCUACAAGGGCCUGGAUACAGAUACUUGGGUGGAGGUGGCCUGGUGUGAACUGCAGGACCGUAAGCUGUCAAAAGUUGAACGACAGCGCUUCAAAGAGGAGGCGGAGAUGUUAAAAGGUCUUCAGCAUCCCAACAUCGUUCGUUUUUACGACUUCUGGGAGUCUCCUCUGAAGGGAAAGAAGUGCAUCGUUUUGGUAACAGAACUCAUGACUUCAGGAACUCUAAAAACUUAUCUGAAGCGUUUAAAGAUAAUGAAACCCAAAGUGCUGAGAAGUUGGUGCAGACAGAUCCUGAAAGGCCUUCACUUUCUUCACACCAGGACGCCUCCCAUCAUCCACAGAGACCUCAAGUGCGACAACAUUUUCAUAACUGGACCUACAGGGUCAGUCAAGAUAGGGGAUUUAGGACUGGCAACGCUUAAGGCAGCUUCCUUUGCAAAGAGCGUCAUAGGUACCCCGGAGUUCAUGGCUCCAGAGAUGUAUGAGGAGCACUAUGACGAGGCCGUGGAUGUUUAUGCCUUCGGCAUGUGUAUGCUAGAGAUGGCCACCUCAGAGUACCCGUACUCCGAGUGUCAGAAUGCUGCUCAGAUUUACCGCAAAGUUACUAGUGGGGUGAAGCCCGCCAGCUACAACAAAGUCAUGGAUCCUGAAAUCAAGGAGAUAAUUGGCGAGUGCAUAUGCCAAAAGAAAGAGAGCCGGUAUACCAUCAAGGACCUGUUGAACCAUGCUUUCUUUGCUGAGGACACAGGUGUGAGGGUUGAACUUGCAGAGGAGGACGAUGGGAAAAAGACCUCCAUAGCUCUUAAACUCUGGGUGGAGGACCACAAGAAGUUAAAAGGGAAAUACAAGGAAAGUGGUGCCAUUGAGUUCAUGUUCGACUUGGAGAAGGAGGUCCCCGAGGUUGUGGUGCAAGAAAUGGUGCAGUCUGGCUUCUUCCAUGAAAGCGAUGCGAAGACUGUUGGGAAAUCGAUCAGAGACCGCGUGGCACUGAUCAAAUGGAGACGAGGGAGAAUGGCUUCUAUUGUGGCUCCGGUGGAUCAGAGUGAAGUGGGACACAGGAUCGUCGCGGCACCGUCAGAGGGCGUCUCUGCUGGGCUGCCACAAGUGGGACAGCCUCUCGUGCUCGAACCAGAGGAGCCAGAGGCAGAUCAGCACAGCAAGCUGCAUACGUUGCCAACUAGUACCACCUCAGUGACAUCAGACGGCACACUUGACAGUGGUAUGGGCUCUACUGUGUACUCGGACUCCCACAGCAGCCAGCAGAGUGUCCUCUACCAGUCCCUGUUGGAGCCUGUUACUAUGGCAACACAUCAGUGCCAGAGCGGUAGUCCUUUUCUGACAGACCGUUCUCAUUCCUGUGAAAAUGAUGAAGUGUGGCGGGCGCCGCUCAGUCCUGAGCUCAGGACUCGAUUGGGAAGUGCAGGACGCAGGGGAAGUGCCCCAGUUAUUGACACUCAAAGGGCAAACCAAAUCAACCAACUCCAUGCUUUCAUUCAGUCUCGGAGAUCGAUCAGUCCCACCGUCAUGGUACCAGAGAACCACGUGGAACUCAGUCCUAGGAAAACCUGUCCUCAGCCUUCCUCAGAAGCUGAGGACAGACUUCUCUCCCCAAGUGUCCUGCCGAUGCUGCUGAUCUCCCCAAUUUCUUCACCCUCUGUUUUCCGCCGCCUUAGUGAUGCCAGUUUUACAUCACCGUUGGAGGCCACAAGUGAGAAUUUAACUAUUCCUAAUCCAAGCGCACGCAGGCACUCUGACCUUAGUAGUCUAUUGAGUCUAACUUCUAAUCAAAAACAUCUUUCUGGAUUGCAUAGAAACCCCACAUGCCAGGCCUGCCUCUCUUUGCUUCUGUCAAGGUCACAAGAUUGCAUCCACCGCUCCUCUGUCAUCUCACCAACAUAUCUCUGUCCAUGUGACUCACGACACCACCCUUUAUCAUGUGGAAAAAUGACAACUUCUGCUUAUGGACAAUCAAAAGGUUCAAGUGAUUAUUCAGAUUUAUCAGUGCUACAGCAGUCCCUGUUUAAUAUAAUCAGCCGCAGACCAGUCCCUUGUCACACCACUCCCACCCAAACCUCCUCAGCAGCUCCGAGGCCGUCAGGCAGGGAUGGAGACUGUGGUCGAAAGAGCAAGCCCCAGUCCCCAGAACCUCUCCAGGAGUGUGAGGACAGAAACCGUUCCAGAGAGCAGAAAGCCACCACUGCUGCAGGAGUGGCCAGUUCUGCAGGUCACCAAAGUCAGCCAUCUGUUCAUGGCCUUCCGUCAUCGAACACAUCAGUGCACAUACCACAGCAGUACCUUCCACCUGGACACAGCUACUCUGCUGCACUUUACGCGGGUCAGCCCAGCACUGCAACACCGGCUCCUGCCAGUUUAAGCUCAAUAAACACUCCGCAACAGCCCCCAGUUGCAUUGAGUAUUGCCACAACUGUGCCACCUGUUGCACAGAGCUACCAAGCAGUAGGACAGCAGCAGCAGCCUAUCACAGCAAGCACUUUGACGUUUAACAUGCUAGACCAGCAGAUUUCCAAUAUCUCUGCAGGCUCCACUCAACAACAGGCUCAGUCUGCAGUUCAUCAGCCAGCACAUAGUUGCCCUCCUGCCGCAGUAGCAACAGCUUCAUGUCAGUUUGCACAUGCUCCCAGCACAUCCCAGCAGGCCCAAGUCCCAGUCAAACUGCACAGUCAGCAGCCUGCUCAGAGCUCCUCCACACCAGCAUUUCACAAUCAACAAAUAUCUAUUCCGCAAGAACAACCCUUACCACAAAAUACUCAAUCAAGUGUUCAGCAGACCCUAAACCAGAAUAACCAUGACUCUAAUACCACACUUCAGCAAAUGGCACAGCAUCCCACCCUUUCAUCUCACAGUCUUCAGUGUCCCACACAGCAACAAGUAGGUGGGCCAGCUCUUCAGCAGCACGGACAAAAAGUCACCACGACGACACUUUCAGAGCAGAGUCUAUCCCAGUCUCAGCUGCAUCCCACGAGAACCCCAUUUGCGCAGGUGGCUGCAGAACAUCAAAGCUACUUUGUUCCAGGGCUUCCUGGUGCAGCCCAUCAAAGCUAUGCACAGUCUGCAGUCCAACAGACCGCACCGGGUCAGGACCAGUACCAGUCAGCCCAGUGCAUCACUACUCCACACAGUUAUCGAGGAGCUAACAGAGCCGUAUCUCCUCAUCACUUUCCAACCUCUUCCCAACAAAACCACACUGUGCAAAACAACCAGCAGAAUAUUUCUACUAGUCAGAGCAUUUUGCAAAUUGUACAAGAUGGACAAAAUCAAGGACAGAAUGUCAGCCAGUCAGCUUCCAGUGCAGCAAACCAGGCACUUCCUCCUCAGCAGCCAGUUGCUCAGAGUACAGCCCACCAACAGUUCCAACCUCUGCAGAUCUCAGCAUCACUCCCUGCAUCCCAACCAUCCCAGUUUUCCUCACAAUAUCCUACAGUCCAGGUGAUGACAGCUGUAACUGACUGUGACUCCUCAUACCCCCCCUCUUGCGCUGCUCUUCAUCCUUCUGCUCCUUCAUCCCUUUCACAUGUCUUUCUUUCUCCUGGGUAUACUGUCUCUGUGACCCCCUCGGUCUCUCCCAUUUCUUCUCUGCACAUUGAAAACACAUUAGUCUCACCCGUUCAUAUGUCCCUCAUACCAUCCCCGUCAUCUGCGCUGGGUUUGAUGGAGCCCACAUCACCACAACACCAACCCAUUGUUGCUAGAUCUGAAGAUUCUCAUACGCAGUCUUCAUUUAUAUUGGUCCCAACCACCUACCCCAUACACACACACAUUGUUCAGAGCCAGAACACACACUCUCCUGCAAAAUGCAGCUCUCAGCCACUGAUACAGGUUCCUCAAACUUCUCAGGUCAGUCAUCCUGAGCCGGUCGUCCCUGCUCAUAAAGUCCAGUCUACUCAGCUCACCCAGCCUGCAGUCCUUUCCUCACCUGUGCAAAACGAGGCAGACCUGCACACCACCUCUGCUGUUACUCAGCUGGACAACACAAACUCCUGCCAGCUGCCCCCACAGAGCCAAACCCAGAGUCAGGUACAAAGCCAAAUUCCUGUGCUGCAGUCCUCUGACUCACAGAGAGCAUCAGCCAAGUCCUCUUCUUCCACUUCCAACAUGGAGGACCAGGCUGCUGAAAAACCUAUUGGAGGACAGAGCUAUGACAGUGUCAACUCUGAUGCAACAUCAGGAAGGGAGAUGAGCGAUGGUUACGAAGGGACGCACGGAAGCAAAGGGGACGGGAAAGUUCGCAAACACCGCAAGACUGCUCGCACCCGUUCUCGACAGGAAAAGAUCAACAGACCAAAGCUCAAUAUGCUCACUGUGUGUAACACGGGCGAUAAGAUGGUAGAGUGCCAACUUGAGACUCAUAACCAUAAAAUGGUAACGUUUAAAUUUGACCUGGAUGGAGAUGCACCAGAGGAAAUUGCUACUUACAUGGUGGAAAAUGAUUUCAUUCUGCCCCUUGAAAAAGAGGUAUUCAUUGAACAACUGAAGGAUAUAGUUGACAAGGCUGAAGACAUGCUGAGUGAGGACACAGCGGGGGAGAGGACCUCUGACCUAGGGUGCACCCUUAAACAUACAGAAAGAGCUGGUGCAGUGGGAGCAGAGGCUUCAGAACCCAGUGCCCCACAACUAGUCUAUCAACAAAACGUCCUCCACACUGGUAAACGCUGGUUUAUCAUCUGCCCUGUGGCUGAAACGCCUGUUCAAGACGAGAGAGAAUCUCCAGCGGACACGGCCCAGGAAUAUGAAAAGGCUGGCUCAUUGUCAGCUGGGUCCAACAGCAGUACAGCUGCACUGCCCACCCCAGGCGCAUCUUUAUCUUCCCAAAGCCCAUCAUCCUCCUCAGUAGAACCUCCAGACCAAAUUCCUGGCAAAUCCGAGGUUCAGCAGACCCAGCCCUGUGUAACUAAACAUACUCUUCCUGCUGGAAGCAGCGGCAAUGACCACACUCUUCCUGUUGAAGACCCUUGCAUUUCUGCUGUGUCUAUGGUCACAGACAUACCAUGCUGCUCUAUUGUGCCACCUGCCUCUCUGGAUGAUGACACCACUGACAAAGGAGCCAGGGCUGGCGUUUCCGUCUCCUCACAAACUAGUCAACCAAAUAAGUCUAGCCCUACUGAUGAACUACCUCCUCAGCUGCCCUGCAAACAAUCCGUGGUCCUGCAGCAGCCAUAUGCCACACCCAUGCAGCCUGGAACCGUGACCUCCCAGCCUCAAAGUCCCGCUCAUCAAAACCCGCAGUCAUCAAACCAGCAGCAGUGUGGGGGACAAGGAGAGUCUGACAGCGAGGGUCCUCGUAAGAUGGAGUUUGUCGAUCGUACCAUCAAGACUUUGGAUGAGAAGCUCAGAAAUCUGUUAUACCAAGAGCACCCUCCCUCCCAGCCUUCAAACGCCUCAUCGGAGCACCAGGCCUCCAGCACAGAUAGACUGAGCUCCCCUCCAGUCUCAGAUGGCCACAGUGCUGAAGGCUCGCUCUCAAGGAAAAAGAUAGAACCAUUGCCACAGAUUCCUGAGCGCACAGAUUGUGUGGUAGCUUUAGGUGACCCAGCAGUGGCAGACUCCAGCAAGACCAAACAGAUCAGAGCAGAUGCAUCUGCCAGCUCUAGUUCUCACGCCUCUAAAAGCCGUUUUGAGGUCAUCCCCAUUCCACCAGAUGUCAUUUUUUGUUCGGGGAAAAGUAAGACCAGCCACAGUACAUGCAAUUCCACAGCACCCUCUAGUGGUUCUGGAGGGUCCAACAGUCAGGUCCUGAGCGUUCAUGGCAAAGAGAACAGCUGUGUGGCUGCAUGCAGGUCCUCUGGAGCAACUGAAGCUGAUGGUGAAGCUGCAGGAACAUCUAAACCUCACAGUGCUGGCCGCUAUUCUGCCCCACCAAACUUCUAUCAAGCAACCCCCGGUUCCAGUCCUGAACACGCCUCAUGUCAUAUCCCUCGAGCCCAAACUAUUGACACUUCGACCCGUCGUCACAAUCACCACUCGCCUCACCUCUGCUCUGACGAGGCUGACGAGGACAGCAGCAGCAUGGCUCUUCCUCCGACUCGGGCUCCUAAGGCUCAAACUGUGUCUGAGCACAGUGGAAGUGACCUCGUCAAAAGAGCAGUCGCCUUCCUGCGGCGCUCUGGUCGAAGCAAAAGUGAGCAGAGCUCUGAUUCUCCGAGCCGCCAGCUAGUGGCAGUGAAUGGUCACACCCCUUCACCUUCUGCCGGACAUAUCCACUCAUCUUACAUCAGCAGUGACAACGACUCUGAAUUUGAAGACGCAGAUAUGAAGAAAGAACUGCAGAAGCUCAGAGAAAAACACAUGAAAGAGAUCUCUGAGCUUCAGGCUUUCCAGAGGAGUGAGAUUGAACAUCUGUACAAGGAGCUGGGGAAAACGUUGCCGGCCAACGUUGGCCUGCUUCAUGCCGCUCCCCCGACGGGUCGAAGGCGCAGAACCAGCAAACACAAGCUGAAAGCUGGAAAACUGCUCAACCCAAUGGUGCAGCAGCUCAGAAAUAACCUGAACAGUGCUGGUGGUGAAAAGAAAGGUGAGAGUGCUGCCAGUUCGUCCAGCUCUCCUGCUAAAAGUUCACUUCUCUCAGAUGGCUCUGCCCGCUCCAGUGGCAGCUCCACCUCCAGCCAUCAGUCUGGAACAGUCCAGGAGCAGGUUCAUACCCAGCAGCCCUGCUCUCUGAAAACCUCGUUCUCUUCAGACAGCAUCUGCACGGGAAGGCAUGGGGAUGGACAGGCCAACCAAGCUGGCCCUGGUCAAGGCUGGACGGUUUACCACCAAACGUCAGAGAGAGUCACCUAUAAAUCUAGUAGCAAACCACGCACUAGAUUCCUCAGUGGACCUGUGUCUCUGUCCAUCUGGUCCACUCUGAAACGACUAUGUCUAGGCAAAGAGCGCAGUAGUAGGUCCCCUCUCAACACCACUGCAGCACGGACAACUUCCAGUCAAAUGCAGCCAUCAAUCACUGCAGCAGCAAUGUCACACUCUCCCCAGACGUUAACGAGGCUCGCUCAGGUUCAGACCAACAACAGCAACAACAAGAGAGGCAUGUUUACUGAGGAUCUUCACAAACUGGUAGAUGACUGGACAAAAGAGACAGUCGCAGCAGCCAGUCAGCUGCGACCCUCCCUGAACCAGAUGAAACAGCAGAGGUGCCUGCAAAGCUUCGAAGGCAGACCGCCAUUGAUGGGAGCAGGUGCAUGUGAGAUGAAAUGUCAUGUUGUUUCCAACAAGUUCCAGCCACCGCUCCCAUGCCCAGUGAUUACAGGUUUAGGCCCUGGUAUGCCUGCAGCCCUAGCACCGAACUCCACGGUGCUCCCUGCUGGUUUUUUUGUACCAGCAGGCUCCUAUGGUAGGAUAGCUUCCAGUUCUCUUUAUCCACAACAGUGGUCUGGCGUGACUAGUCAAGUAGGCUCUGUGGUUCCUGUAGGGAUGCUUGGCACUCCAAGAGUGAUGCCGUACAGCACAAUGGCAAACCCAGGGAUCCAAGCCUUGCCUUUUGUCAUGCACAACCCUGAGACCAGCCCCUCUCCAAAAACUGCUAGGACUACCUGACCUGCUAAAUGAAAUGUGUUGGUGUCUUCAGGACAGUCUCUUUGCUUUACACUGUUCAUAAGAGCC